CCGGACAAGUUCUGCUUAAAAACCUGUAUCCACGAUGCUAAAAGUCAACUCGAGAUCUUUGACCAUGCUCGUCAAGUGUAUGAAGUGAUGUCAAAACGCCGUGUAAACACUAGUUUAAGCCGGUAAAACCGGAGUAAACCGAUGUUUACACAGCACUUGAAUCAGUAGUUAUAAAAUUGGUAGUCAUAAAACCGAUGUAAAACAGAGCGUGUAAAUGUAUGUUGAGUACUAACUGAUUUUCACCACUCAUAUCUUCUCUUGUCCAUAUCUUUUAUUAAAGAUAUUUUUGCCGGAUUUCAGAUAACAUUUCUUGUAUAAUAGAAUAAUUUGAAUGAUGUUAUGUCAAUUGUGCCGGAAACACAUUUUUGUCCCACUGUUAACUAUUUCACGAAAUAUGGAAAAUAUGAGGUGACAUUAGAUCAAAGGAAACUGAAAACACCGAAAGGACAAAAUUUUGAUGUUAAUAGUAAGCCAUUGGCACUAGCUGUAGCCACUGAAUGGGACAGUCAAGAAGAAACAAUUAAUCGAAGUAAUAUGCAUUUGACUGCAUUAUGUAGCACUGUAUUAGAUAAUCCUAAUAAUCAUCAAAAAGUGGAUAUCAUCAAUUAUAUUGUGAAUUAUUUGGAAACUGAUACAAUUCUGUUUCAUUCGAGCGAAAUCGAUGAUCUGUAUAAACUGCAAACACAGAGGUGGGACCCUUUAAUUCAAUGGUUCUGUGAUCGACUUCAAGUUAAUAUUAUUAAAACCCAGAGCAUAGAAACUCCAAUUGUGCCCCCUGAAACUAAGAAUGCUCUGAAAAGGCAUCUGACAUUUUAUAACGAUAAUGCAAUACAAGGAUUUAUGUACGGAGUUGACAUAUUGAAGUCGGUAAUUCGCCUACUUUUGCACUUAUAUGCCAGU